AUGCCUGAAGAUUCGACGGAAUAUAUCAUUAAUCACGUUUUUUGCCCCCUCAAAUUACCACAAGCAAGCGAUCAUACCCUUGAGAACGAGUUGGCCUUAUCUCUGGCGGUAUUGGAUGCUGCUCAAGCUUUCAACAAACAGCUACCGUCCGAUAAGCAACAGCUUUGGGCGAGCAGCUUUAAAAUGCUCCAGAACCUUCACCAUUCAAUCAGAUUCAGCGACAUGUCCCCAAAGGAAGUCCAAACUCAGAUUAAUGCCAUGAACAACAAAGACGUCUUGGUAUUUAUGAUUCGCGCGCAAAAUGCUGCGGUGGUCAUGAGAAAACUUAAAUCUGAAACCAUAUUCGAAUCAUUCGAGAUCUCUCCUGACCCCACCGCAGUGAUGGGUGCAAAGGGAAAGCUGAUCUGUUCGUAUCCUGGACCUGCUAUCACGGUCCCAGACACAAUUGUCAAUGACGCUACCUUUCCUGCCGCGCUGGCGAAUUUUCUCACACGCAUGGAUCAUGAUGUCCUUGAUGCGGCAGCGACGAGGAAAAAAGCUGAUUCCACUGUUCCCGAAGAGAGGGAUACAACUCAUCCCCGGUAUAUCACCGAACUCCUGACUGGUAUACUCCGUGGCCUUGGGAGCAUUGCUGAUGUUCCUCGCAUCCGCAAGCGCAUCGGAGAUGACACGACUCUGGAGCGCAACGCUCUCGGACGAACGACCUAUAAAUCAUUCUUAUUGUUCCUGAUGGCUAGGGUCACAAACCUCGCUAUCGACAAUAACUUGUCGAAUGACAUCCUACACUUCAUGUCGGCAAAGAUAGCACGACGUCUUUUCAAGCUUGGAACCUCUGCUUCUCUAGAGUUAUCACAUAUGGUCGUUACAGUCACGAGUGAAGUCAAGCGUAUCCUAGAGGGAACGAUGGAAAUAUGUUCAAGGCGUGCGACAAACCUCACCUCAUUGGGCUCCCGAGACCCUCUCGGUCUCGCAGGAUACUCACCUUUCCUUGAACACGAGUCGAGACAUUCGUCUUCCACAUCAGCAUCGUUCGAACCCAGUCACCACGCACGCGGCACAAUUGAUGAUUUCCUUGACGCUGAUGCAAGCUUCCUGAUAGCUUCUCAUGCUACAGAAUCAUCCCUUUCCUUAAUCGACUUCGAGACGGUCGUUAGAUCAGGCAUUGAUGACUGGGUAGCGCGUAUUUCACUUCAGAGCAUCGAUUCAGCAUGUAUCUCAAUUGAGGCAUGUGCCUCCGCAUACUCCUCGCGAGCGCUGGAAACUUACAAAGGAAACCCGGAGGAUACGUCAAUCAUGCUUCUUACUCUUUUCGAGCUCUGGGUCGCCAUGGAUAAGGUUGUUCUUAAACAAAUCCCCCUCUUGGCAAACUAUCCCCCUGAAGUUCCAUCGACCCUUUGGAUGAAUCUCCUGAUCCGGCAAUCCUCAGCCCUUGAUCGUUUAAGGAAGUUGUGCGCCUACUUGGAAGAACGUGAUUUCCGGGCUUCCAACCGUCUGUCGGUAUUCUCGUCCACCAACAAUAACGGAUCGUUUGCAGUGCAGUAUUUUUACCAGACAUCCAUGUUGCAAAAUUUGAAGCAGGAAAUCGAGGCAGAUGCUCAGAAGGAGCGGGACAAGAAGUUGGCUGAGCUUCGGACCCUCAACGAGAGGUACGGUGAGCUCCAGAGGAGCGCAGCAAGCUUAUCACAUGAAUACCAUGUCAACUCCUGGGGUCACGAGUACCACUAUCGGUGGUGUAACAAAUGUGACCUGGAGCAGCAGAUGCGAUCCAUGACCAUUGCAGUUCAUGAGUGGCCACUACCGCGGCAUGAACAGCAAGCGAUCACGGUUGUGUUCGAGCUAGCAUGCCCCAUUGCGUUUGACAUGUGGAGAUCUUUGACAUUCCAUGUUCUCGUUGACAUCUGCACUCCAGAACAGAUUUUUCCCACUCCCCCCUUCAUUACGCUGCCUGAUUAUGGCGCCUUACAGCAAUACCGCAAAUCUCAUCCAAGACAAAGGCUGACUUUGGCGUCAGAAGCCAAACCUUUCGCUAUGUGUCAUUACCAUUACCAAAAUAUUCCCACGCAUGCCGACCUCAUCUGUGUGAACAACGGUCUCGUAUAUCAACCUUUCGAUAUAACCACAGAUGCAUGGACAGCCGACGCACUGCUGCACUGGAAUUCUAGUAAACUUUGCACUUUCAUUCUUCCCAGGGGGCCAUACUAUGAUCUGCAGCAGUACCUCGCAGGAACGUCGCACACCUCAAAUGAGGUUAUCGCCAAUCAGGCAGAUUGUCACAAGGACAUGGCCAUUCACGAAUUUAUCGCCUUCGGAGUCUUACGGAGUGGGCCGCUACUGCAAUGGAUGAAUGUGCUACGUGAACUCCGUGCGAGGACGCUCAAUUUUCGAUGCGAAGAAGUCCAUUUAUUAUUCGCGCAAGCCGUCUCACAAGUUGGCCCAAUUUCCAAGUCAUCUAAUGAGAGCCUUCCGUGGCACGAGGAGCUGAAUAGCAUACCAUUUCUUAACGCACUGCUCGGAGAGCUCGAGUCCUUGAUUGCGAACGUCGAAGAAAAUUGGCUGGAAGGCGUCACGAUAAGCAUUAUCAUCAUGAUUGUGUGCCGUGUCUUGUCCUCGACACAGGAAAAGAGUAUCAAAAGUCGGGGAUAUUUGUUGCUUCGAAGGAUACGAACAGCGACCUUUACGUUUCUGGAACAGCUUUCACAGAAAAUGCAAGCCAGUGACGACGAGAAGGUUAGUCGGGAUUUGCAAGGACGACUUCGUGAUAUGGCCAUCACCUGUCGGAGCACUUUUGGUGUUGACGAAGAUCCUUUGCUGCUCUUUACAUCAAAUGACGACAUCAAGGUAUUUGUGUACUGUGGGGUCACGAUUUACGACAAUACUCCAAGCCACCUGGACAAUCUAUCACAACAUUCCAAGCUACUGCUAGAACGAGACAAGAGAUGCUGCCACGCAUCGGAAGCCGCUGUUCGUCGAUAUGUAGAGAAUCACAGGGAAGGUCUCGAUUCUGCGGUGAAAGCAAUAUGGGGCAGCUACAGACAAGGAACUUCUUGGAAGACCCUGCCGGCUCCGUGCUCUCGUUGGUUUGUGACGAAGACGGCACCUUCUGGUUCUCAGUCGCCGCAAACUGUGCAUUAUAACUUAAUUGAUGGGUGUUUGCUUGUUGAUGGGAAGCGGCUGGGUAGGCUUCCAUCGACUAUAGUGCAACAUCCCACAUAUCAGGCAAUUUUCGGUGAUCAAGUUCUGGAUAUUGUUCCAGCUGAUAUUUCUGGAAUGGAGUAUGCGACACGCGGGAACCCUUACGGCUAUCAGGUGUCUUUUUCUCUCCGCGACUCAAACGACCUCAUUAUCCGUGCGAAGCAUAUCAAACAAGACUCGCCUAACCUUCAACUCAUUCCGAGCCAGAAAUUUGUGGGGGACCUACCGACGACCUUGAUAGAAAACCAUACUCAUUGGCUUAACCUGGACGCAUACAAAAUAGAGAUUCGGCCAGCAGAACGUGCGUGGCAGUCUUCACGUGACAAUUGGGUCCUGGAAUUUGCUGUUUCGGGCCCCUCGACGCUGCAGAAUGCCAGCGGUGCCACUCUUCUCGACGUACGUAGCCCCACGUGGGACAUGAUCUCCGAGAGAAUGCGUCCUCUGGAAGACGCCUGCAACAUGAUGGUCACAUACAACAAGGGCUCCAGUAACACGCAAUUGUUGAAGGCUGAUUUACCCCGAUAUGGUCUGGAAUUCUUCGUCAAUGAGGAUGGGGAACUGCAGUCCCGUAACCUGCGCAACAUGGUCGUUGAUGGCAUUCAGUCUACUGGAACGAUGUUGGGAUUGGUCAAUCAACUCAUCAUGCGUCCGAAGUCGCAAAUCAUGGAUGAGCAUCCCCGUACCGUCAUCAUCCCAUAUGGUCGUAUCUCAUACGCUGUUAAUGAGCAUCACGUCCAGGUUACCAUUACGAGUAAAGGCCCCCGAGUGGCGUAUCACUUGUACAGGGUUGACACAGAUCUAUGCUGUCUUACUGGGCGUGUAGGUUUGACGAACAAGCUCUAUCAAGCACUUCUCCACGCUGUUACUAGCAGCUGUCUCCCUGAUCCCCUGACGGGUCGAACAGGAACAGAGGAAGCGUUGCAUCUCAUGCAUUCUGCGGCUUGCCGGUCUUUUAUGAAGCUUCACCCUCGCGAUAUAUAUCUUUUGCGCGAGAUCAGUUCGUUGUCAACCAUGCGCGUAUGGUAUCCCACACAUCUUCAGAAGAUGCAGACAGUCUCAUGGUCGUGUCUUUCACCCCUCGCACAACACCACGGUUUCCAUCCAGCUGCAAAAUCUAUUAUGGAGUACGGCAAGCAACUUGCAGCUUUCUCCGAAGGGUCUUCAGACCUCAGUCUUACAUUUCAUCUUCCUCCAUUCACCAACCACCUUCUCGAGCGUGCAUCCAUCCGUGCCUCUGCGGUCUACCCUGACCAGUUUUCUCUUCCAAUUCUCCUCAGUGACACAGAUGUCGUCUAUGCUUCACGCGAUGUACCCGAUAAAAAUGCAGAAGAGAGGGCGUUUAAUACCGCCUUCAUGACACUCCAGUGGCCACACGAACUUCCGGUGCAACAGAAUAUCCUCAGUUUGUUGACUCGGUGGAAGAACGUCCAGGGCAUUGGUGAACCAUCGUUCAGCUUGCAAUAUUCCAAAUCUUGGCUUCAGCCAUUCCACCACAUCUUCCUUUCUGCAUAUGACCACUGUCGCAGUGCUACGAAGGACGAUACAUUCCAGCUCGUCUUCACCCUAGCUUCAGUGUCGUAUGGCUUGUUGGAUGAGCAUGCACUCGUCCCAACACUCCUAGCCUUCGCUACUGUUCCCAACAUUCGCACCCUGGGUGACCCACCGGAGUUUGCGUCGUAUAAUCUCUCGGAUGGUUUUAUGCCUUCCAGUGUAGUGUUGGACAGCAUCAUCAGUUCGUGUGUCAAAGACUAUGAGACCAGCCAAGAGAGAUACCUACCUGCAAGGAGAGGGGAAGAUGAAAAGGCUCUUGGGAUACGUCGUUAUUCAGCUUUUGAAGAUAGGCGUCGUUCUGAAAAGGAUCUCAUUCUUCAUACCGUUCAGGAUGCUUGGCCGCGCGAAAAUCCUCCGGCUCUGAAUACGCUGCAAGCGAACUGCUACGAUCUCAACGAACUGUUGGGGGAACUUCGCCCACUAUACCGCAGCUGUUGGGCAAACCAUUGUCUGAAGCAACACUUGGAUGUCCUGCAAGAGACCCUCAACUCGUUCCAUGCCACUCAUGCCCCGUCGAAACUACCCUCACAAUACGAUCUUGAUCCCCACCUUCAAAGUUCGGUUGUUGCUUCACCAGCCUCAUUCGUUAAUGCCAAUCACCUCUUCGCUAGAAAUCCGCCUGUUAUAUGCAUGAAUGGGUCUUCCUAUGUUCUGCCCAAUUCCGAUCAGAGAGAUUUGGUAUUUUAUUUAUUUUUAUAUUUUUAUAUUUUAUAUUUUCUAUUUUUUGGAGAUUUGGUAUCUCCAGACACCAUAGUCACAGCGAAGUUGCAGCAGCUUAUCAACGGCUUUCGCGACCGAGCAAGCAACAAGUUCCGCCGUAACUACGCCAAUGAUCUGGACCAGAGCAGGCUGGUAUUUUGCGAAGAAAAGAUUGUUGCCUUACCAUAUUCUGCGCCAUACACGAUGGAAGUACUGCGAGAGUACCAUUCUCUUCAUCGCCUGCAAUUCCAAGAUGCACUCGAAUCUAUCGUACGCAUCCUCUCCCCUGUCUCUCCCGCCGAGAAUGCGUUAUACAAUGCUGGAUUGUGGCCUCGAGUCACACCAAAUCUCCUCUUCGCUCGCAUGGCUUCUGCAUCGGGAUGUCGUUUGGAGACGGAGUGGCGUACAGCUCUUGUCUCCCUGUCGCAGAUGCUUUUACGACUGCAACGUUCGAGAAGGCUGUUUAUAUUUGCCGCUAGCAAGAACUGGGGCGAAUUUUUCAAGGAAUUGGACAAUGAAGAAUGCGAGCGAUCUGAUUCGCAGCUGUACCCGGAUUGGCUUCUCAUACAGAUUGAGAGUCAGUUCUUGGCACGGCCUGUUCAAAUGAAGGUUGCGCGGGAGAUGAUAGCACCCCACGAGGGGCGAAAUACUUCUCUCCAACUGAACAUGGGCGAAGGGAAAUCCUAUGUGAUCGUUCCUCUCGCAGCAGCUGCGCUUUCCGACGGCCAUAAACUGGUUCGAGUAAUCGUGCUGAAGUCGUUGUCUACUCAAAUGUUCCAGCUCCUGGUUGAACGACUAAGCGGCCUUGCGCAGAGACGCAUCUUCUAUAUUCCAUUCUCCCGCUCUCUUUCCAUCGAUUCAUCGAAGGUUCAAAUGUAUCGUAACCUGAUGCAAGAAUGCAUAGACACCAAGGGCAUCUUGCUCGUGCAACCAGAUCAUAUCCUGUCAUUCCAGUUGAUGGCCGUUGACCGUCAGCUACUCCAGUCUGAAGCUGCUGAAGAUAUACUGCAGACUCAGCUGUGGCUCGAUAAUCAUACACGCGAUAUCCUAGACGAAAGUGAUGAAAUUUUACACGUUCGCUACCAACUGGUGUACACCGUCGGCCUGCAAAGGUCGCUUCAGGGGCAUCCUGACAGGUGGACGACUACGCAACAAGUGUUGAGUCUUGUCACAAAGCACGCUACUCGACUCAUCAGUAAAUUUCCCUAUCACUCAGAAGUGUCUAUUCGCAAGCACGGUGCAUUCCCCUUCAUUCGAGUUCUGCACCCCACAGCAGGCGAAGAACUGGUCCAAUGGAUCGCACAGGAUGUCAUUCACAGCGGGGCACUUGACAACAUCAGCUUCGAUCAAGCUCCUGACCGCAUCAAACAAGCAGUCCACCAGUUCAUUGCAACUGAGAAUGUAUCCAACAUCGAUACCAGCUUGGUGACGGAGCACUAUAGAGACACCACUGUCUGGCCUGGUCUUUUAGUUUUGCGUGGACUACUAGCAUGUGGUGUCUUGGUGUAUGCCCUCAGGGAACGUCGCUGGCGCGUGGACUAUGGCCUUGCCCCCCAACGAACGAUGUUAGCUGUUCCAUUCCGCGCUAAAGACAUGCCCUCGCUGCGGGCAGAAUUCGGCCAUCCAGAUGUUGCUGUCACUCUUACGUCCCUAUCAUACUACUAUGCGGGCCUCACACUCCAGCAGUUGAUGUUAUGCUUCGAGCUCCUGCUGAAGCAGGACAAUCCUGCUCUCGAGUAUGAAUCCUGGGUAAUUGGACUUCCCUCCGUCCCAGAAAGUCUACGGCGCCUUAACGGAAUCAACACGGAAUCCACAGACCAGCUAAAUGACCUUCGGCAACUGUUCGCAACCAACAAGGCAGUUAUAGAUUUUUACCUGUCUCGAGUUGUUUUCCCCAAGGAAGCCAAGGGUUUCCCCAGUAAGCUCACCUGCUCCGGAUGGGAUCUCGCCCAAGAAAAGAAUCAUCUCACAACCGGCUUUUCUGGUACAAAUGACAAUCGAUAUCUGCUACCAAGCUCAAUUGUGCAGCGCGACCUUGACUACCAACGCAGCACGAAUGCUCGAGUCCUAGCCUUUCUUCUGCGCCCGGAAAAUGAUCACUACGAAGGCAUACCACCCGGCCAAAGCGUGCAUAACUUCAUUAAUACUCUCGUCACAAAAAACCCCGAGGUCCGCGUGCUCCUAGAUGUGGGGGCGCAGAUGCUGGAAUUGAGGAAUAAAGAGUUGGCCGAAGCAUGGCUUAGAGCCACUUCCAACGCCAAAGCUGCUGUCUUCGUGAAUGACGACGAUGAACUCGUUGUUGUCAGUCUGGAUGGGAGGAUCGAGCCCCUUGUGUCGUCCCCUUUCGCACAGCAGCUUGACCAAUGCGUAGUGUAUUUAGACGAUGCCCAUACGAGGGGAACAGACGUCAAGCUGCCUCACGGUUUCCGAGCUGCUGUCACGCUUGGCCCCAAAGUUACGAAGGAUCGCCUAAUGCAAGGAUGUAUGCGAAUGCGCAAGCUGGGCAAUGGGCAAUCAGUCAUGUUCUUCGCUCCAGCUGAGGUUGACCGGAGCAUUCGUUCGGCAACUCAGAAAGCUGAUGACGACCCUGUCAAUGUGUCAGAUAUCUUGCACUGGGCGAUGCUUGAAACUUGCAAUGAUAUUGAGAUGCGCACACUAUCCUGGAUCCAACAACGAUCAGAUUUCAAUACACGGCAUUCCGCAUGGACUCAAUUCUCGCACACCUCUACCGCUUCAAUUUCUACCCUAGAGACAGCCUGGUUGCAGCCAGAGGAACGUUCAUUGGAGGAAUUGUAUGCGCCACGCAGUUCUUCCGAGGUAUCGCAGGGUUUCGAUUCAGACAUCCAAAGGAAGUGCGAGGAGCUCGGAAUUCUAUCAGUUCACAAAAGGAGCAUGGACGAGGAACAAGAAAGGGAGGUGAUCCAUGAGGUAGAGAGAGAACGUCAAGUGGAAAGACCGCCCAAGGUCGAACCCGCAAAGCCGAACAUGCAUGCACACGUUCAUCAAUUCGUGAAGUUUGGCCAAAUUGCCGCAGAUUCUCCCGCGUUCAUUCAAGUGCUAUCCAGCCUUGUUGACACUACUGCUGAAUUUGAUGAGCGCGAUCAGUGGGCACACAAUGUUUUAGUCACCCGCGACUUCGCUCAUACGGUCAACUCUGGUACCCAAAAAGUGGAUGAUUAUCUGCGGCCCGUCAACUGGAUUGUAUCCAGUAACGUUGGCCACCCAAUGCUGGUAGUCAUGAGCCCGGAUGAAGUGAACGAACUACUACCUGAUAUCCGCACGAGCAAGGUAGUUCACCUGUGUGUCUACACUCCUCGCAUCAUACAAACAAUGCAGGCAUGCGACAACCUUCAACUCUAUUGUGUUCCUUCGGCCCCACGGGUGACACCAUCGCAACCGCUGAUUUGCCAGCUCAAUCUUUUUGCGGCCCAGCUCUAUUUCUCCGAUUACGACAUGUAUCUGCACACUUGCAGCUUCUUAGGACUCAAUGCGCCGGAUUUGAAGGGAGAGGAUUUGGUAGCCGACAACGAUGGGUUCAUCAAGAUAGACAAUCGCCCUUUUGCGAGACUAUCAUGCAUGUUCGAGCGAUCCCAGCUUCCUCCAUUGAGGAAGUUGUUCGAGAUGAGAAGAAAAGGCAUGGGAUGCUCAAUGGCCGCAUUCUGA